CCUCACCGCUCGGACCUCGAUAAGAUUUCAACCCACGAGGCCAUGUCCAAGAAGCCCGAGCCAAGUCCUGUACGCGUGCGAUUGGCCACCCACGCGGGCUCCUGGUACUCGCACGACGAGCACAAGCUUGAGGAAGAGCUGUCAGGUUGGCUGGGUGCCGCGGAGGGCAACGACACGCAGGAGAAACAGCCGAGUAUCCGCGCCAUUAUUGCCCCGCAUGCAGGUUUCCGAUACUCGGGCCCCACAGCGGCGUACGCGUACCACCAAGUGCUCAACUUGGACCGAAUCAAGCGCGUCUUCAUUCUCGGGCCAUCGCACCACUUCUACUUGCGUGGAUGUGCUGUGUCGACUGCACACGAGUACGAGACGCCGUUGGGCAACAUUUCGAUCGACCACGAAGUGAACGAGAAGCUCGUGGACUCGGGUAAGUUUGCGACUAUGUCGAUGGAUGUUGACGAGGACGAGCACAGUAUCGAGAUGCAUCUUCCUUUCAUCUUCAAGGUGAUGAAUGGCCGCAAGUUUACGGCGGUCCCGAUCUUGGUCGGUAACACCAAGUCCAAAACGGACGAGGAAUACGGAAAGAUUUUGGCCCCGUAUCUGGAGAACGACGAGAAUUUGUUUGUGAUCAGCUCCGAUUUCUGCCACUGGGGACCUCGAUUCCGCUACCAGCCACACGACUCGACUUACGGCGAGAUCCACGAAUACAUCAAAUAUUUAGACCACCAAGGCAUGGGGUUCAUUGAGCGCUUGGAUGCGGCGGGCUUCACGAGAUACCUGGACAAAACAAACAACACAAUUUGCGGUCGCCAUCCGAUCUCUCUGUUGUUGAACACCAUCUUGGCGUCAAAGAAGCUCAAGUGCACGCUCAAGUUCGUCAAAUACGCUCAGAGCAGCGCUUGCAUGCGUCACGGUGACUCUUCUGUGAGCUACGCCUCCGCCAUCGUCUACAGCGAGCCGUAG